ACGGAGUCGGGAGAGAGUGUCAACGGCGUCGCGCGCGGCUACUGUUUAAACACCACCUAAAGCUUUCGAGGGUGACGGGGAUUUUUGUAGGAAAUAUAGCUUUGCUGUGCUUCCUCACAUAGUCCGCCGAGGGAUCACAUAUAAAGGCUUAUCGCAUAUUUUCUUGGACGAAGGGCUCUUCGACAACCAAGCUCGAGGAAGUCGGUCUUCUUGGAGCAUCGUGUGCCGAGUGUGAAUUGAUGUUCAGCUCGGCUCUACGGGAAAACAACGCUCUUUGGCACAUGAGAACUUUAGACCUCGCUGGACACAGAAGAAGUACAGCGAGAAGUAGACAGAGAACUACUUCGAGGACCUGGGACCCGAUUGGAGGUGAACGAUUGAAGAGAGAUCUCUGGUGCAUCGACUUUCUGAUAACAAAGAGGUGACACAUAGUGCAGAAGCAGUAUGGGAGGUGGAGAGAGAUACAACAUUCCAGUUUCCCACCCCGAGCGCCCUUUGCCCAAGAAGAACCACCAACUGGGCCGGGCUAAGCAGAGGAGCCGUGACCCGAACGUAGGAGCAGCAGUGUCUGCAGGAGGGGCGGGCGGCCUUCACCACCACAGCCACCGCCGGAGCGACAAAGUCGCAGCCUACCACAGGUCGCCUGAGGCGCGGCAGGCCGCGUCUGCAGAGAAGAGUGCUUCUGUCCGCUUUGCCACCAGCUAUGGUCAGAACUGGGAGGGUGCGGUGUCCCACCUCAACACGCUCCUGGCCACACCGGGAAGUCCGAGCUACGCCGGGCCCAAGUUCAGCGAGCCGCCCUUGCCGAGCGUGUUGCCUAAGCCCCCCAGUCACUGGGUGUCCUUCCCAAUGGGCUCCUGUGACCAUCGGGAGAUGAUGGCCUUCCAGCUCAAGAGCCUGCUCAAAGUGCAGGCCUGAGAGGGAUACCCACACUUGAUCGAAAAAGCCCACAAAUGAACUGGGACUCUCUUGAGGGCAACCUACCCACCAGGAACACCUCAGUGCUGUAAUACUUUUAGCCGUUUUUAAGAUUGACCUCUGUGUUAGGAGGCAUUUGCGGCAAAGUUUGCUGUGAAAUGGUCAUUCAACACAAAAUUUUUAAGCCAAUGUUUCUAGAUAUUACAGCCCUGGAGCCUUGCUGGUCGGUAAUGCCUGUUAGUGGAGUCAGUUUUCUGUGACUAAUGACAAACUGGAUAUCCCUUCUACUUCUCUCUUUGUUUUGUUCUUUUUAAUGUUGGCUAUCAAAAGCAGAUUUGAGUGUGCUGUUUUCCCCCCCAAACAACGGUUAUAGUAUAGGUCAGGUAAACUCCCAUCACUUUUACGGUCCAUUUCUGUGGACAGAUGAUGCUUUUCAUUUACAUAAGUUUUAUGAUGAGCCUUUAAGGUCAAUUCUAAAGCUUCAGGUGCUAAAGCAAACUCGCAUUUGUAGCGUUGUUGUUUUUUUGACUAGGGCCCACCUUCUCUUCUUUAAUGUGUAACAAUCCUUGUUUGGGAUGGAAAGGACACUCAAACUGCAAUUCUGCAGGGAAAAAAAGGUUUCUUACUGGAGCUGUACAGUACAGGUCAAAAGUAUAACCUCGAACUGAAGGGUAAUAAGAGACAAUGGCACACAGGCCUCGGACUGUCCACUCCUGUACUUUUUUUAUUGCGCUGUGCGCACAUGCACUAUAGGAGUUGAGCUUGUCCGAGGCCCAUAACACUCUAUCAUAGCAUUAUUUUGUACAAGCCCUUGAUUGUUGUGGUUGAAAGAUAUAAGAAAGUGCUGUGUAACCAAAGCAAUGUUUUUGCUGUAUUUAGGUUCUUUUUUUUUUUUCUUCUUUUGGACAUCUUCAAUGCGGUCGGCAUUGUUGCCGUUGCCACUUAAACCUUACAAGCCCGUGUGGUGAAAGAGUCACUUCUAACCGUUCAUCUGGUUUCAAUCAGCACUGUUAUUGCUCCUCGGUCUCUGCCUUUUUUUUCAGGACUGUGCUGCAGCUCCAACAUGCGGAAGAGGGCCGGGCUUAGUUUGAGUUUCACUCUCUUAAGUCAUGUGACAUGGUCCUGUUGGCUGCAUGCAUUAGCAAGCAAAGGUAAAGCAGAGCGGAGGAGGGUUUCUGAAGUGAAGUGGCCCCAAGGCCUCAACAUGAGGCGGGAGGUUGUUUGUUUACAAAAUAGGUUUCGGUAGUUGACCAUCCCAUAAUCAACACACAUUUGCCUCUUGUUUACCCUCUUGCACUGCAAUCAGACUAGUUUUUAAUAAGUUACAGGCCAGGAUGCUAUUGAAAUGGAGGUGUAAUUGACUAUCUCCCUAUAGAUACUCUUAUUUUUUUUUUUUUUGUUUUUCUUUUCACUGAAUUCUCUAUUGAGGCUUUUUGCUUUCCCCUUGCAGAAUUGGAGCCGUUUUUUUGCCAGCCUAAAGAUGACAAAACAAAGUGUGAGAGCUUGUUAAUGUGUUCAAGAGCCAUGUAAAUAAUGAAAUGUAUAAAGUACUUGUAGCAUAUGUACAUUUGCAGGCCGAGUUUGAGGCCUGUCUGACAAAAGUAUUUUUAGUAAUAACACUGAAUGUAUGAGACAUGCUAAGGACGUGUCUUGACUUCAAUGUCUUGACUUCAAUACUGAAGAAUAUUUUUGUUAAAAAAGCUGCAGAUAGCAUUUCUCAGUACCCCUGCACUGUUAUCUUUCCAGAGAUCUUGCACAUGUUUUUUAUUGUUUUGUAUUCUGCAGUGUAGGGUGACACAUGCUUAGUGCGAAUUAAGUAAAACUGCAAAACAUCGAUUGGAUCCUAGAGGAGACUUGCCCAUGUAUCAAUUUGAGUUCUGAAUGUGCUUACAUUAUGUAAGUGAUGUUUUUAAUCUCGAGUCGACCUGUUUGUGCCUAAGUUGAAAUCCAUGCUGAAACUAUUUUCGUUUGGUGGCAAUGCCACACUUGACCAAUGUAUUUUUCAGACCCAUCUUCAGUCGUCAGCUGUUCUUCCGCCAGCUGACAACUGAACUUGGCCUAAUGCUGUUUUAAAUUCUUACUAUUGGUUGUUCAUGUAAACAUUUUUUCUUUCUUGCCCUGAUCGAGUUGUGCAUGGCAGUCUCCUUACUCUAAAUUUGAAACAGUGUAAAGUGAAUUGGCUGUUAAUUUGUCCCCACUGAAAUGUCACUGACUAUGGAAAGAAAAUGCCCUGUUUACAAUUGGUAUCAAUUAGUUGAAAAAAAAGAAGCAAUUGUUAAAGAAAGCACUCUGUGAAACAAUUACAAAAUUUUACCAAAAAAGAAAUAAAUCCCUUUCCCUCCCCCCCUA